AUGCGGGGAAUAUCACGACCGCGCCUCAGAUGGCCUCGCCUCGCGUCACAGGCUCAUCCUCCUCGACGCAGUCUCUUGACAAAGGCUCAUUACGUCGGUCCUAGCGAGCCUGCUCUUCUCGAAGAGACUGUCGGCCAAAACUUUGCGCGCAUUGUCGGAGCCUAUGGUGAUCGCCCUGCCGUCAUUUCAAGAGAGCAGCAGAAACGCCUCUCCUACUAUCAACUCGAUCUCGACAGCAAUGUUCUCGCAAAAGGCCUGCAGAGCCUCGGUGUGAAAAAGGGGGACCGUAUUUGUGUUUCGUUGGGGAAUAAUCUCGAGUUUGCUACAGUCACAUACGCUUUGUUCAAACUCGGCGCAAUCUUGGUGCCUCUCAACCCUGCGUUCACUGCCAAACAAAUCGUAUCUGCUCUUAACCACCUCGAGGCCUCACAUCUCAUCAUUGGUACCGAAACCAACCUCCCCUAUAAACCUCCUCGAUCAAACAUUCCCAUCCUUGAGUCCAUCGUCCCAGAUCUGACCACCUCCAUUCUCUCCUCCGGAGCCAUUCCCUCCCUCAAGCACGUUGUCUUACUUGACAAUUCUUCCGGACGAAUCGACCCUACCCCGUUUCGCGCCACCACGAGCUGGUCCUCCAUUAGUCAAGAUGGCGAUACCUCUGCUCCGAUACCCUCAGAACCACUCUCCAACCGAGAUCUGGUCAACAUCCAAUUCACAUCCGGCACCACCUCGAUGCCCAAGGCCGCCUGCCUUUCCCACCGCUCCAUUCUCAACAAUGGCAACCAGAUAGGCGAUCGUAUGCUUCUGACUCCACAAGAUGUAGUCGUGUGUCCUCCUCCCUUGUUCCACUGUUUCGGUUGUAUCCUCGGCUACAUGGCAACAGCCACACAUGGUGCCGCCAUCGUAUUCCCCACGGAAGCAUUCAACCCACUGGCGACCCUGAAGGCCGUCCAAGAAGAAAAGGGAACCGCCCUUUACGGCGUUCCAACCAUGUUUCUUUCUGAACUCGAGCUGAUCCGCGACGGUGAAGUCUCAAGUGACGGCUUUCAAUACCUGCGCACCGGUAUCGCCGCCGGGUCAUCUAUUCCUGCCGAACUGAUGCGGAAACUUCACAAGACACUUAACCUGACCGAGCUGACCAUCUGCUAUGGCAUGACUGAGACAUCACCAGUCUCAGCCAUGACCACGACCGAUGAUCCCAUUGACAAGCGCAUCAACACCGUCGGUCGGUUGCUCCCUCACGUCCAAGCCAAAGUGGUCGAUCCCCAUGACCAUGAUAGAGUCCUCGACGUCGGCGAACGUGGCGAACUGGUCGUCAGCGGCUAUCUUGUCAUGAAGGAAUACUGGGGCCAGCCUGAAAAGACGGCCGAAGCUAUGACCACAGACCCCGAUGGCACGGUGUGGAUGCACACUGGUGACGAAGCCUCCAUAGAUGCCGAAGGCUACGUCAGUAUCACCGGUCGGAUAAAGGACCUGAUCAUUCGAGGGGGUGAGAAUAUCCACCCUCUCGAAGUAGAAAACUGUCUGCUGGGCCAUGACAAAAUCUCCGAGGUUAGCGUAGUUGGCUUGCCCGAUGAAAGGUAUGGCGAGGUGGUGGCCGCCUUCAUUGUCAAGAGACAUCAUCUGGAGCCUGGCGAGACUGAGAUCACCGUUGAUGAGGUGAAGAGUUGGGUCCGGGAACAUAUGAGUCAUCAUCUUGUCCCCAAGUUUGUCUUUUUCGUCCAUCAUUACCCCAAAACCGCCAGCGGGAAGAUUCAAAAGUUCAAGUUGCGAGAUAUUGGUAUCGAACUGGUCAAGGAAAUGGCCGAGAGCCCCAAAUGA